AUGACUGAAGCCGCAACGGUCUAUUUUGCAUAUGGUAGCAAUCUCUGGAGAGAGCAGAUGAACCUUCGCUGCCCCGAAAAUAACUUCUUGGGCGUUGGGUUGCUCAAAGAGUGGCGUUGGAUCAUUAACGGGCGUGGUUAUGCCAACAUUGUCCCGUCCAAAACUGGAGAUGAUGUUUACGGCCUUUUGUAUAAGAUCAAUGGGGUGGAUGAGAAAGUCCUGGAUCUCUACGAAGGCAUUCCCACGAGUUAUCAGAAGAAGAUCCUUCCCGUGAUGAUUCUCGGGACAGAUAACAAGGACAAUACGAUGAUAAAUUGCCUCGUAUAUGUGGAUACAGAGAGGGUGUUGGAUAGUAUACCAAAGGACGAGUAUAUCGGGCGAAUGAACAAAGGCAUCACAGAUGCGGUAAAAGAAGGGGUUCCCAAGAAUUACGUUGACAAGUACCUGCGUCGAUAUAUCCCAGACGAGCACUAA